GGCUUGCGCGUGGGUUAGGUUUCCAACGCGACCUGUAGGAGUCACAUAACUCUGGUCCGGGGCGUUACGUCGGGUUUGUUGACGCAGUGCUAUCAACCCACACGUAACGUCACGGACCAGAGCUACCCGUAGUGCUGAUUAUAAAUCACCUUUUGUCGUAAUGACCCAAGUAAGGUAAACCGGUUUCAUACCUGGGCUGCCAUUCAUUCACCGCUGCUGGGGGGUGAAAAAACACUUCCUACUUAUUCACUCAGUGUACACCAUAUCUUCUCCUGACUAGAUAUGGCUCGAACUACAGCCCCUGUGCCCAACGGAAAACUCAACAUACAACUGAACGGGAAUAACUUCAAAAACGCGAAUUGUAAGAAAAAUGGAUACCACAAUAAGGCACAGAAAAACAGCACAGCACACAGCGCUGGGCCCCCCUCCAGUCGGCAGAGGUUUCAGAGACCAGAAUCCUUUGAGAAUCCUCCCAUGUACGUAGCUGUGAUGACAUACCUGGGGUUCGGCAUCGUCACACUGUUCGGAUACUUCAGGGACUUCCUCAGAGCAGUAGGACUGGAGAAAUGUCACAUCGCCAGGGAGAGAGAGGAGCAGAAGGAUUUUGUCCCUCUGUACCAAGACUUUGAGAACUUCUACACCCGUAACCUGUACAUGAGAGUAAGAGACAACUGGAACAGACCUAUAUGCAGUCUGCCUGGCCCUGUGUUUGACGUGAUGGAGAGGGUGUCCCCAGACUACAACUGGACAUUCAGUUUAACAGGGAAGACAAUAGACGAUGUCAUCAACAUGGGUUCCUAUAACUACCUGGGUUUCGCUGAGAAUGACGGUGAUUUCCUGAAAACUGUGGCAGACAGAACCCAGCAGUAUGGUCUCGGGGUCUGCAGCACUCGACAGGAAAUGGGUAACCUGGCUAUCCAUGAGGAGUUGGAGCAGCUUGUAGCCUCCUUCCUGGGGGUAGAGUCCUCCAUGAUCUUCGGCAUGGGCUUUGCUACCAACUCUAUGAACAUACCGGCACUGGUCGGAAAGGGCUGUCUGAUUCUGAGUGAUGAGCUGAACCACACCUCGCUGAUCUUGGGGGCCAGGUUGUCAGGGGCAACUAUUUGGGUGUUUAAGCACAACAACAUGCAGAGCCUGGAGCGUCUGUUGAGGGAGGCGGUGUGUAGUGGGCAGCCUCGGACCCACCGACCAUGGAGGAAGGUUCUGAUCAUGGUGGAAGGAAUCUACAGUAUGGAGGGUUCAGUGGUGCGUCUGCCAGACAUCGUAGCCCUGAAGAAGAAGUACAAGGCCUACCUGUACCUGGACGAGGCUCACAGUAUCGGGGCGGUGGGGCCGACAGGGAGGGGUGUGACAGAACUGUUUGGGCUGGACCCCUCGGACAUCGACGUCAUGAUGGGAACGUUCACCAAGAGUUUCGGGGCUGCAGGAGGAUACAUCGCUGGGAAAAAGGAGCUGGUCGACCACCUGCGUAGCCACUCGCACAGUGCGGUGUACGCCUCGGCCAUGUCUCCUCCCGUCACAGAACAGAUCCUGAGAGCCAUGAAAUGCAUCAUGGGGCUGGAUGGAACCACCGUGGGUCAGGCCAGGGUGCACCAGCUAGCCGAGAACACACGCUACUUCAGGUCUCGUCUUCAAGAGAUGGGCUUCAUCAUCUAUGGUAACGAUGAUUCUCCUGUGGUCCCAAUUCUGCUCUACAUGCCAGGAAAAGUUGUGGCUUUCUCUCGCGCCAUGCUGAAGAGGAAGAUAGGAGUGGUGGUGGUAGGGUUUCCUGCUACGCCCAUCACAGAGGCACGGGCACGCUUCUGUCUGUCUGCUGCACACACCAAGGCCAUGCUCGACCAGGUGAGUACAACACGCAAACACACACAGGGACACAAACACACACACACACAUAAUCAUAAUGGGAAGUGA